AUGCGAUUUUGUACCAACAUAUAUUUAAGAAUAAAAUAUCAUUCCUUCCAGGCUAACAGAAAUUUGCAUUAAAAACUUGGAGUCACCUUUGAUAUAUUUAUAUCUGAUCCAAAUAUAGUAACUACAACAUCAGUCGCCAUUUACAGCUUCGAUCCAGCAUCCCCUUUUCACUCUACACCAAAACUAUUCUCAAUUUAGGAACAGAUAACACAAAAAUAUUUUGAAAUGCUUUAACACUAACAGAUAUUGGUAGUUUCAGUCUUACUGGAUUGGGACAUGGAUCAAAUGAAAGAUAUAUCUAAACUACUGCAAUAUAUGACAAAGAUACAUAAACAUUUAUUAUUAAUAUGCUGA